AUGCAUCCACACUAGAGAAAUGGCCCGCCUUGGCACCGCUUUCAUUGCCUCCUUGACCCAAGGCUAUGGAAUUCUGGGAGUUGGAGUUUGUCGUGGGGCCGCUCUGGUCUCAGGCCCCAAACAACACUGCAGGAGUAAACCCAGAUUGAGGCCUCUUGAACUGCCCUGGCUCAGUGCUAAGGCAUCUGGGGAUUGUAGUUUUAUCUGGCAGAGAAGGAUAAAUCUCUCGCAAAACUAUAGUUCUAGGAUUCCUUAGCAGUUAAAGCGGUUUCAAACUGGAUUAUUUCUGCAGUGUGUUUCAGACCUUAGUUGCUAUACAGUACCUAAUUCAGGAGAACUGAUAUCAGGCUCCUGUUGAAGAUGGCUUUAGCAGCUAGGGCAGGGUUUAAAGAGCAAGGUGCUCCUUGUUUAGUCACAGUCUUCCAUAACCCUUAUGCAAUUUGUAUUGAUCACAUAGGUUUUUAAAACUAGUUUGUCUUAACCCUGGGGACUUUGUGAGGCUUGCUUAAAUUCAUGAAUAGCAAAUACUGUGCCAAUCAUUCAUUUUGAAAUGAGUGUGGAAAUGGCAAGGGGAAUCCAGGCUGCCAUGUGGAGAAGAACCAUGCAGAUGGUUAGAUCAAAAGUAGCGCAUAGAGGUGAUGCCCAUGGUCUACUGGCUAAAAAGACUGAAAGAUCCCUAAUCCCAAAUCCUUCACAUGGAGAAACCUUAACCCUUGUAAAGCCACCCUAUUCCAGGAGAAAGGCAACUUAUAAAUAAAUAAAUAAAUAAAUACCUGUAUAGUGAAUUUAAAUAAUGAGUUGAAAAUGAUCAGUUAUAAAUUGAUUUGAAUCACUGCAUCAUUAAGGUUAUCUUCAGUUGAGUUUUACCAGGGGGAAAGUCUCUAUUCGCCAUGGAGGAAUACUGAAUCUACCUACCUACCUAUCUAUCUAUAUCAGAUGUUUAAUUUUGUACUUAGACUUUUAUUCUCAUUGUUGAUGUUGUUUGCACACCUUUGCACACUUCAAUUGUUUGCCCCUACUUUUUCCCAUAUUCGCCAUAUAGCAAGGUCCAUUUCAGCAUCAGGAAGAACUUAGUGACUAUAAAAGCUGUUGGACAGUAGAAUAGACCACUUUUGCUAUUGUAAGUCCCCAAAGCAUCAGUCACCAGUCCAGAAAAGAAAGAAACAGUUGUAGCUAUUGGGAAUUACUGGUCCCCAAAAUCACAUAGCCUGAGAAAUACUGAAACAGACUCUCUCAAAAGGUGUUGUGCUCUCUUCUUUGGAGGGUUUUAAACAGAGGUUGAAUGGCUAUAUCUCAGGAGUGCUUUAACGGGGGAUCGCAGCAUGGCAACAUCCUAACAUAAGACUACAUGUUAAUUCUUCCAAGUUUAUGAUUCUGUGAUAUGGCUCUCCAGAUACUGUUGAACUGCAGCUCUCAUCAGUCCUGACCAAUAGCUAAAAUAUCUGGACUGAUGGGAACUGCAGUCCAACAACAUGCAGAGAGACACAUGUUUCCCAUCCCUGCAUUAGAAAAUCCAGUGUGGGGAAAUGAAGUUAACACUGUUUUUGUUCCUUUCAGCGUACCCAUUAGAAAGUAAAGAGUACUGCUUUAUGGGUGACAGUGAGGACGUUGCUGGGUAUAGUGACAGUUAAAAGGAAGUUGCUGGGUAUAGUGACAGAGUCUUCUGACAUCACAAUGAGCCCUUAGCAACAGUUGAUGCAUAAACGCAAAAAACAAUAGCCUUGUGAGCUCAGACCUGCCUUGGCUGGCUAAGUGAAAGAGGAGUGUGUUGAACCUCUUGACAUCUGAGACUUGAGGUGUUCAAACUGAUCUUGAACUCUUGUUGAGCUCAGGGUCCUGAGCUGAACCUCAGUCUUAAACUCUCCAGGGCUUCAAGUCCUUACCUCUGAUCCUUUCAGGAUUUCAACUCACUUUGCAUCAUUUAAAAAGUGCUGUGGAGUUGUUGUUUUUAAGGAGGAUUAACUGGGAGUGCUGAAAACCAAGAAAAAAGCAACAGAAGACUUGCUGAAGAAAAACAAUUGUGGAAGAGAAAUCACCAUGGGAGACUGGAAAGCCUACAUAAAUACAGUCCUGAAGGACAAGAACAUUGAAGAUGUGGCUAUUGUGGGACACUCAGACAAUAAAUCUGUGUGGGCUUCUAAGCCAGGAGGCCUGCUGGCAGCCAUCUCUCCCCAGGAAGUAGGUCUGAUCACUGGGCAAGACAGAAAAGCAUUCUUGCAGACUGGGAUCACCAUAGCUGGGAAGAAGUGCAGCGUAAUACGUGACAACCUCCUGGUAGAAAAAGAUGCCGUGAUGGACACUCGUACCAAAGGUGGUGACAGCAGGUCCAUCUGUAUUGGGAAGACUCCAAAAGCUCUCAUCUUCCUCAUGGGCAAAAAGGGAGUCCAUGGAGGAGCUCUUAAUAAGAAAGUGCAUGACAUGAUAGCAAGCAUGAAGACAAAAGGCAGCUAGAACCAGAGACUUGCUUGAGUUGCUUUUCUCCUGGAUGAAGCUCAUGGGGGAAUUAUUGUUGCUUUAAAAUAAAAAAGGCAUUUAAGCCAA